ACUCCACCCAAGGUACUCAUGGCUUCUACACCCGCUGAGGCUGAGAAGAAACUUGUUGGUCUGGGCGAGGCUCUCCCUGGUACCUACAAAUCGUUCCUUACCGAUGUGGUUGGCGAAGAGAGCCUGGCGGGACAGCGGACUGAUGCGGGGACCAUACUAGAUUUGGUCGACUCGCUCGCUGGUCGCAUUACUGCUGCUUACUCGGGCGGUCGUGUGGCGACGGUUAACUUUGAUUCCGUUCAGAUCACCUGCCCUAUUCUCCAUGGCGACAUGGUUCGCAUGGAUGGCCAAGUUGUCCGCGUCGGCUCGUCGUCCAUGCUCGUCGAGAUCCGCGUCUACAAGUGGGAGCUCAACACUCGCCGCUACAUCCCCGUCCAGUACUGCCUCGUCACCAUGGUCGCCCUCACUGAGGACCUUCGACCGCGCAAGGGCCUCCCCAUGUUGCCCGAUGGCAACGAUGCCGCUUGCGCCGAGUUUGUGGCCAACCGCAAGAAGGCGAGCCUUGCGCUCAAGAUCAAGAUCAAGGCGCUCGAGGCCGCCGCCGCCGCUGGCGAGCUCACCGCCGCCGACGUUUACGACUCGUCUAUCGGCUCUGACCACAUCCUCGAGUCCAUCACCAUGGAUGCUGCCACCAUGUACUUCCGCAAGCAGUUCCUCCCGCGCUCGCUCAACAUCAACAAGACCAUCUUUGGCGGCGACCUGCUCAAGUGGAUGGAGCGCGCAGCCCGGACAACCGCCAAGGCCUUUGCCCGCAACCCCUACGUCUACACCAUCGCCAUGUCUGAAAUGACCUUCUCCGUCCCCAUCUUCCUCUCCGACAUGGUUGAGCUCGAGGCCACCCCGGUCUACGUCCGCCGCCACGUCGUCGUCAUCGCCGUCCGCAUCAAUGUCGAGCGCCUCGACGGCACCGUCCUACGCUCACACUCGGGCUCCUUUACCGUCGCCACACUCGACGGCUCGGGCUUCCGCGCUGCCCUCCCUGUCGCCCUCGACCUCGAGGCCGCCACCCAGAAGGAGCUCCUUGCAUACGCAAAGGCCAAGGAGACCCACUACCACUGGAAGAACGAGUACGAGGAGGCACUGCUCCCCUCCAACUACAACGAUCCCUGGCCUGUCAUCGAGAUCCCUAACCUCGUUCUCUCGCCGCGUCGCUAAGCUGGUCCCGCCCACCAUCGGUCCUGCGCCUCCCACGUGGAACCCAUGCACUCAUACGAUGCCCCACAACACAAUCGGGACGCUGCCCUCCCAUCUCCCACACACACACACGUACACACACACACACACUCUC